AUGGAUGCGUGCGGCUGGAAGGAAAUGGAGGUCGCUCUGGUGGAUUUCGACAACGCGGACGAAAUCCAGGAACAGCCAGGCUACGCCACAGCCUUCAGCCCCACCGGCCCGAAAGGCCGGCCUGGGAGCAGCCCCUUCUCCAGCUGGAGGGUCCUCGUCAGCGACAGCAGCGGCCACGAGACGGCCUUCUGCAAGCUCCCCGGCGACUUGCCCGACCCCCCGGAGCCCGAGCCGGCAGCCAUGAACGAAGGGAACCAGAGGGUGAUCAUCAACAUCGCUGGGCUGAGGUUCGAGACCCAGCUCCGGACCCUCAGUCAGUUCCCGGAGACCCUGCUGGGGGACCGGGAGAAAAGGAUGCAGUUCUUCGACUCCAUGAGAAACGAGUAUUUCUUUGACAGGAACAGGCCCAGCUUUGACGGGAUCCUCUACUAUUACCAGUCGGGCGGGAAAAUCCGGCGCCCGGCCAACGUCCCCAUCGACGUCUUCGCAGAUGAGAUCACCUUCUACGAGCUGGGCAGCGAGGCCAUGGACGAGUUCCGGAACGACGAGGGCUUCAUCAAAGACCCCGAGAUACCGCUGCCCGCCAACGACUUCCACCGGCAGUUCUGGCUGCUCUUCGAGUACCCGGAGAGCUCCAGCGCGGCCCGCGGCGUGGCCACGGUCUCCGUGCUGGUGGUCAUCAUCUCCAUCACCAUCUUCUGCCUGGAGACGCUGCCCGAGUUCCGAGAGGACCGGGAGCUGAAGGCGGCGGCGAGGGAGCCCAGCCUCCACACCAACAGGACCGCCCUCUCCCACUCCCUGUUCACCGACCCCUUCUUCAUGGUGGAGUCCGUGUGCAUCUUCUGGUUCACCUUCGAGCUGGUGCUGCGGUUCGUGGUGUGCCCCAGCAAGACGGGCUUCUUCAAGAACAUCAUGAACCUCAUCGACAUCAUCUCCGUCAUCCCCUACUUCGCCACCGUCAUCACGGAGCUGGUGCAGGAGACGGAACCCACCGCCCAGCAGAACACGUCCCUGGCCAUCCUGCGGGUCAUCCGGCUGGUGCGGGUCUUCCGCAUCUUCAAGCUGUCCCGCCACUCCAAGGGGCUGCAGAUCCUGGGGCAGACGCUGAAGGCCUCCAUGCAGGAGCUGGGGCUGCUCAUCUUCUUCCUCUUCAUCGGGGUCAUCCUCUUCUCCAGCGCCGUCUACUUCGCCGAGGUGGACGAGCCGGAGUCCCACUUCUCCAGCAUCCCCGACGGCUUCUGGUGGGCGGUGGUCACCAUGACGACCGUGGGCUACGGCGACAUGUGCCCCACCACCGCGGGGGGCAAGAUCGUGGGCAUCCUGUGUGCCAUCGCCGGCGUCCUGACCAUCUCCCUCCCUGUGCCCGUCAUCGUCUCCAACUUCAACUACUUCUACCACCGGGAGACGGAAAAUGAGGAGAGGCAGAGCAUCCCGAAGCAGAUCAACAAAAUCCUCCACAGUGAGGAUUCCAGGAUGGGCAGCACCGGCUCCCUCAGCAAGACCAACGGCGGCUGCUCUGCGGAGAAGUCUGGGGAGUGA